AUGUUGCGGAAGGUUACGUUCGAGCUCGGCCGAUGCGUCCGCGAGACGGGCCAGGCCAUGGACCGCCUUGGCCUGCGCGUGCUUGGCAGCAACGAGGCCCGCGAGAAGUUCUCGCGCCACCGCCAGAUCAUGAACCUCUACGACAAGGUCCCGUCGGUGGCCUACGACUCGUGGGUCGCGCCCAACGCGUCGGUCAUUGGCGACGUCGAGAUCUGCAAUGACGCGUCGGUCUGGUACGGCGUCGUGAUCCGCGGCGACCUCAACAAGGUCUCGAUUGGCAACCGCACCAACAUUCAGGACCGCACGGUCAUCCACACGUCGAGCACGACGACGCCCGGCCUUGCGCCCGGCGCCUCGAUCGGCAACGACGUCACUGUCGGCCACGGCUGCAUCUUGUACUCGUGCACGAUCGAAAACAACUGCUUGAUCGGCAUGGGCUCGAUUGUCCUUGACGGCGCCUUGGUCGAGUCCAACUCGAUCUUGGCUGCUGGCACGGUCGUGCCGCCGGGCCGCCGCAUCCCGUCGGGCCAGUUGUGGGCCGGCUCGCCUGCCCAGUACGUCCGCGACGUCACGGAAGACGAAAUCGCCGACUUGACCAACCAGGCCAAGGAGUACAAGAAGUUGGCCGACACACACAGCGACGAGUUCUUGCCCUACGGCACGGCGUACCUUGACGCGGAGCGCAUCAAGGUGCAGGGCGCGCAGAUGUAA